UUUAAAUUAAUAAAAAAAAAAAACAAGUAGGAUUUUCAUUUUAGAACAGGUAAUGAACAGACCGGUUUUGGUUACUUUCAUCAACAUGUAAUUCAUUUAAUUUAAUUUUUUUUUGUUAACGAAAUUCAAAAUGUAGGGUUUAUUUUUUAAUUGGUGGGGAAAAGAUAGGAUCCCACCGCCACCACAUAUUUUUCUUUUUUUAAAGUUGUUUAAAAACACAAAUUCAAUUGUUAGUGAUUAUUGGGUCAACUCAGAUAUCCACCAAAUUCCAGCCAUGUUCUUGUUUUGCUGCAAACAUCACAUUUCCAUUUCCAUUUCCAUUUCCAUUUUCAUUUCUGUUUCUGUUAUGAUAAAGGAUGACUUAAUUGAAGCUCAAAUAAUGAAAAUGGAUCCAAAUUUUGACCGAUCCCUUCUCCCCUUCGGCUCAAUGGCAAACACCGGUGUUGGUUUCAUCACAAGAUGUGCAUUAAUUCCACAAGACAGUUUCUCCACUUUCACUGUUCUCAAUAACUGCCCCUACACAGUAUGGGCAGCGGCCUACCCCGGCGGUGGACGACGUCUGGACACAAACCAGACUUGGCUCUUGAAAUUACCCUCCCCUACAACGGGAAGAAUCUGGGGCAGAACCAAUUGCAAGUUUGACAGUACAGGGCACGGAAUUUGCGAAACUGGCGACUGCGGCGGCAAACUUGAAUGCCAAUUCUCCGGCUCACCACCCAAUACUUUGGUUGAAUUUUCGUUAAACCAAGGCAAGAAUUUGGAUAUAUUUGGCAUAUCUCUAGUGGACGGGUUCAAUAUACCAGUGGAAUUGAAACCCAAGUCUAAGGGAUGCAACAGGGUCGUGGGUUGCACCGCUGACAUCAAUGGGGAGUGCCCAGAGGCGUUGAAGGCAGAUGGUGGGUGCAACAACCCCUGCCAAGUCUUCAAAACGGAGAAGUAUUGUUGUUUUAGUGUUACGGAGAGGUGUAGGCCCACAGAUUAUUCUAAGUUUUUCAAAGACAGGUGCCCUGAUGCUUAUACUUACCCAACCGAUGACGCAACCAGCACAUUCACGUGUCCCUCCACUGGUGCCACUGGCUACCACGUCCUUUUCUGCCCUACUAACUAGUUAUGGUUUUGGAUUUUUUCUUCUUUAACAGUGUCCCUUGCAACCAAAGUCUUGCAAGUGAUGUGGGAUCUCCAUUUCCUAUUAUAGGUUCCAUGUCCAGUCCUUUACAUCUAAAGGCUGUAACAAAUGAGAUGAAAGCAGAUUAUCUACAAAGCAAACUCAACGAUAUUCAUCCCAA